AUGCGGAUAAAUAAACCUUCCCAAGGUCACCCCCGCCCCUCUCGUGACAUCAGACCCUUACACCUCCUUUUGACACCUUUUGAUACUUUUACUCCCUCUUCCUCGCCUCUUAACCGUUACAUCCAAAUUCCCAAGUCUGCAUCAUUUGGGAACUUCAUAAUCAAGAGUCCCUUCUCUUCUCUUUUCCCCUGUUCCUCCAAGAUGCAGUAUGCACCGUUUGCUUCCGACAUCGAACUACCUUUCUAUACUUCACUAGCUUCCCAUAAGAUCAAUCAUGACAAACUAGACGACUCUGCCCGGCCCGUUCUGGGACUAUACGAAAUUCGUCCUUCUGAUCCUGAGGCCACAUCAUGUCGAAUCCAAAUUCAUGGGAACGCCCUCACCAGCAGCGAAGCCCCGGCUGGCUAUUACAGAGCAGAGGGCAUGAUCAAAAAUGUCAAUACUGUUGAAGAAUAUCGAAACAUGGAUAGAUCCCAUCUGCUUCAUCAAGCUGGACAAAUGGUAGGAAUAACCAUAACCAAUUGCCUGGCAGAGCGAUAUAUACUAAUGAAAAACUCCAAGAUAUGGGAUGCCAUCCACGAUGGAACAAUACUUUCAUGUCCCUCCUUACUCUGCAGCUUUGUGAUUGUAUCUUUUGCGGACCUCAAAAAAUACAAGUUCCACUACUGGUUUGCUUUCCCAGCAAUCCACUCAGAUCCUCAAUGGGUCCCCGUGCGACCAAAAGAUCAAGUAUCCCAGCCACACCAGGAUCAUGAUAUUGACAAUUUGAAGGGAACACAUUUAUCUCCACGUGAGAGCACUGCCUUACUGGAAGCGGUGCAAACAUGGUCAUAUAUGGUGGAUCAUCGACAACGAGGGUUUUUUUUGGCUCGAAAAUCCAGACUGCGUUCCGAUGCAUCCUCAGGCGAUCCCGAGACAAAGAGCGCGCAACAGGACGACACAUCAAAAAGCAACUGGCAGAUAGCGUCGCUUUCCGAAUAUGAAAAUGGGUUUUUCAAGAAUGUCGCUGCUGAAGACUGUUAUUUCUGUUUUUCAGACCCAUCAAAUUAUGAACAGGCACCAGGGUGGAUGUUACGAAACCUGCUCGUUCUGAUCAAACAGCGAUGGGGCAUCGAACGGGUGCAAUUGAUACGCUAUCGCGACGUGCACGCGAAACGUGAUCAGGGACGCAGUACAGUAAUUCAGCUGGAGUCAAGUUCAAAACAAGAGCCUCAGGCCCCGAAAUCACUGCAAAGCCAACAGUCGUUACCGCUGCCAAAGGUGACCGGCUGGGAACGUAACUCGACUGGGAAACUCGCUGGCAGAAUUGUCAAUCUUACAGAGUACAUGGAUCCCAAGAGCUCAUUUUCCCCCCCCCAAAGAUUAGCAGAUCAGUCGGUGGAUCUCAACCUCAAACUUAUCAAAUGGCGGAUCAGCCCGACGCUCGAUCUUGAGAAAAUCAAGCACACGAAAUGCCUCUUGCUAGGAGCUGGUACAUUAGGUAGCUACGUCUCCCGGAAUCUGCUGGGCUGGGGUGUGAAGAAGGUCACUUUCGUCGACAACGGCACCGUUUCAUUUUCUAACCCUGUUCGACAGCCACUAUUCAAUUUUGAAGAUUGCUUGAACGGUGGCGUCAGAAAAGCACAUCGAGCAUCCGAAGCCCUGACACAAAUUUACCCAGGAGUGGAGAGUACAGGUCAUGCGCUCUCGGUCCCCAUGGCAGGCCAUCCUAUUGUGGACGAACGGGUGACAAGAGCCGAUUUUGAUCGUCUUCAAACACUGAUUGAUGAACAUGAUGCCAUCUUCCUCCUCAUGGAUACCCGAGAAUCACGAUGGCUACCCACGGUGAUGGGGAAGGCGGCAGGGAAAAUCGUGAUGAAUGCAGCCCUAGGGUUUGAUUCUUUCGUGGUGAUGCGCCAUGGUAUCGUGAAGGAUGAAAAACCAGCUGAGCUUGGGUGCUAUUUUUGCAACGACGUAGUUGCACCAGCUAAUUCUAUCAAAGAUCAAACUCUCGACCAGCAGUGCACAGUGACCCGCCCUGGAGUGGCUCCUAUAGCCUCUGCACUUUUGGUGGAGCUUUUUGUGUCACUCCUUCAGCACCCCCAAGGCGCUGCCGCACCGGCCCCCAUAGCCCGCAAUACCGAGCGUGAUGAUCAUCCCUUAGGCAUUGUGCCCCAUCAAAUACGAGGAUUUCUCUCCAAUUUCGAGAACUUGGCUGUGACCGGCAAAAGUUAUCCGAGCUGCAGUGCAUGCUCGGACAAAGUUGUCAGUGCAUACCGCGAGCAGGGUUGGGACUUCGUGCGAAGAGCCCUGAAUGAACAUGGCUAUGUUGAAGAAUUGAGUGGACUAAAAGAGGUUCAUGAGAAGGCGGAAGCAGCACUAGCCGAUAUUGAGUGGGAUGAGGCAUCUGACAACGAGGAGAUCGAGAUCCUUUAG